AUGGAAAGCCGAAAAACAUCAGUAAGAACUGACGAAAUUGAAGCGUUGGAUGAGUUAUUGCCAGAAGACGACUUUUUAACGUCUUCGAAACACCAUCAAACUCAUCAAUUACGAAUAUGGGAAGGCCAGAAUAUUCAUGAAGAUCCGAAGAAUGCUGAAUCUUAUGAAAUCGAAAAACGAGAAGUAAUUAUUACUGUUAACAACUUCAUUACAAAGUUAUACAUCGAGAGUCAACAGUUCAAAAACCAAGACAAUAUGACCAAAGAAAAGUAUGAAGAAAUGGAUGAUUUAAUGGACCGAUUAGAAGUAGCUCAUAAUUUAAUAACCAAGCUCAGACAAUUGCUAACGAUGGAGAAAACUGACUCGGUAAUGGACCAUUCGUUAAACAGAACAAGAUUUUUUAAAAUGGACGAAGACUACAAAACACAAAAUGAAGAACGAGAAAAUAUUCGACAAAAAGCAUUGGUUGAGAAAAAAAGAAAAGUCAAAUUAUUUAGUGAAACCAUAGACUCAAUCGUUGAAAGAUAUAAUUCAGUAGUUGAAACGAUAAAUGCCCCAAAUGAUUACAAGUUUCUAGACGAGUUGAAAACGAAUACAAUACCUUUGGAAUUGAAAAAAAACAUAACAAAAAAGAAAAGAGAUACGAAGAAUGAAGGCCACGCCAAUAAAGAAGCUAGUUCCAUACUCCAGUCACCUUUUGACAUAUUGAAUGACAGAAUCGUCGACUCAAAUGUUAAACCUACUUACCGUAUUAUCGGGAGCGAUGUCAUCAGCUACAAAACUAUAUACAACUAUUCUUGCACUCUGUAUGGACUCUAUGCUGAAGGUAAAGGUUCGAAAAAAGAAAAAGCUAAAGAAAAUGCGGCUAUAGAAAUGAUACGUCAAAUAUUAAAUGAACAAAACGCUAAAACGCUGCCAAAUCAUUUUAAACCAUUCAAUGAACAAGAAAUAAAUGACAUACAAGCUUUGAUCAAAACUAAACAAAAUUAUACAGAAUUUUUAGAAGAAACGACAAAGGAAGACAUUUCCUUGCCAUUAGUAGUUAUUAAAUCUAAAAGUAAGGCGUACUUAUCAAAAUAA